AAAUCAAUUUUUGUAAAUUUUUAAUUCAAAUUUGCGGGUAUUUCCCGCCAUUACAAGAGUAUCAACAUUCUAAAGGCUUCAUCGCAAUCCCAGCGAUAAUUUUUCUAUCAAAACAUCAACACAAUUCUCUCUUUUCUCCCUGAAUCUCCCAAAAAUGAAUAAAAACUCGCAAUAAAAGUAAUUUCUCAUCUCUAAAAAUCGAUGGUUUCCACUAUCAUUCGAUGAUAAAAACCAUUUGCAAGUCGUUCUCCACCCCCUCCUUCCCACUAAGUUAUCCUAACCUCAAUAACCGCCGGUUGAUCACCACCUCUGUCUCGGAAAUGGUGAAAUACCUCAACCAGAAGGAAGCAAUAAACGUGGACCAGGCCCUGUUCACGUCCUACCGUUUCAGCGUGGACCAGCUGAUGGAGCUGGCAGGUCAGGCCUGUGCGCUGGCCAUAACCAAAACGUACCCUCCGUCAAAACAAAAUCCUAACCCCAUCCUCGUGUGCUGCGGCCCUGGGAACAACGGGGGAGACGGUCUGGUCUGCGCUCGACACCUAAAACUCUUCGGAUACGACCCCGAGGUCUACUACCCCAAGAAAACCUCCAACAAACUGUACGAGAGCCUCUUACACCAGUGCUCACAAAAUGGCGUCGAGAUACACGACAAAAUGGCGGAUAUUAAGAACUCGAAGGACUUCAAAGUGAUCAUCGAUGCCCUCUUUGGGUUCAGUUUCAAACCCCCGGUGAGGGAGGAGUUUGUACCCAUCGUCGAGUACCUGAGGACAGCGAAGAGCCCCAUCUGCAGUGUGGACAUACCCUCAGGGUGGGACGUGGAGGCUGGGCCUCCUGGGGAUGAGGGGAUCAGCCCUGAAAUGCUGAUUUCUCUGACUGCUCCCAAAUUAUGCGCCAAGAAGUUCAAGGGGAAGUUUCAUUAUCUGGGGGGCAGGUUUGUGCCGAAGAGACUGGAGGAGGAGUAUGGGUUGGAGCUACCAGAGUAUCCAGGAACUGAACUCGUCGUUUUGUUGUGAAGGUUGUCAGGGGAAGGAAUAUAUGUAAUUUGAUAUGAAUUGGGGUGAAUAAAACGUUGAAUAUUGAUAAA